AUGAUACCUCCUUUCCACCUCGAAUCUCACGCUCAAAACAAGCUCGCCAUCAUCACAUGUGGUAUCAUACUACGUCUAUCCUUCGUGAAUUCAGAUCCAUCUACGACAGGAGAAUGGAAUAUCGUAGCUUCUACUGGAGUAGUUGGUAUUCACACGGCCAUCCUGCCAGGAUCCGCAGAUGAUGCACCAUUGCUCCUUUUCUGGGAACGAUUCCAUGGACUGCACGAUCCUUCACUAUAUCCACCAAACCCGAAUACAUUCUUACCAAGUAUUGGACAGUCUGAGCUUAGUACUCAAAUGACAUGGAAUCCUCAAAAUCCUACUGCUUCGAAUUGGGUUGCCAAGCAUGUCAAGUUUUCUCCAUUUUGUGGUGGUUCGUAUCUAAUUAUCAUACUCGUGCAGAGUCAUGCAAUGACUUCGAAUUCGGAAUCUAUAGGACAUGCUCAAAUGGCGGAUGGCAGCAUAUUCGUAGCAGGUGGUGACGGUGAUAAUGUUGCGAACAACUAUAUCGCAGAUGGUCGUAAAGCUGUACGAACCUAUUCAAGUACUACUGGAUGGGUUGAUAUUGGAGAGUUGACGUCCACCAGGUGGUACCCAACGGCAUCCAUAUUACCUGAUGGACGAUUAAUCAUCGUUGGUGGCCUAUUAGAGUCUUAUAUACCUACAGACCCAACCCGUAACAAUCCAAGUUACGAGAUAUGGCCUGCUGAUGGUCGAGGAAGUGUGCCCUUGCAGGUACUACGACCUGGGUAUCCUAAUAAUACGUAUUCAGUUGUUAUGGUGCUGCCAAGUCAGCGGGUAUUCAUCUUUUCGGCAGCUCACUCUAUGACUAUGAAGGUUGGAACUUGGGAAGCCAUAAUCAACCUCCCAGACCUCAUUCACGCCGACUUGUAUCCAAGUCAUUCAUUCCCAUACUUGUCUCCAUCAGUACUAUUACCACUACGUGAAGCCAACAAUUUCAAAGCUGAAGUCAUGAUUUGUGGUGGGACAAGGCUUGAUAAUCAAGCUUCGUCCUUAGGCUCACGUAUAGCUCCAGAUGACGAGAACGCUCAGUGGUUUGAUGAAAACAUGCCAGGUGGACGAGUCAUGGGUGAUGGGGUCUUGCUGCCAGAUGGGAAUGUUGUGUUUGUCAAUGGUGCACAGACUGGAAGUGCAGAUGGCCCAGCCGGCUUUAGCAAGGCUAGGAAUCCUCAGUAUGCUGCCCAUCUAUAUAGUCCUGUCUCACGUCAAUGGACACUACUAUUACCUGAUGGUCGAAUACUUACAGCUGGCUCAGACCAGCAAAACUAUGAUGGUUCUGCAGCGCAACCCUUCGAAUACCGUACCGAGGUCUUCUCACCACCAUAUCUCUUCUCAUCAUCACCACGCCCAAUUAUCUCAUGCAUACCACCAAACAUUCGAUAUAAUGAUAUAAUCACCAUUUCAACACCUUCUGCAAUUACCAUUGAUUUGGUAUCUGCCAUUCGACAGUCACUCACUCGACGAAUAUGGAUCAAAGAUUUGUUGAGUUGGAUAUUGUUGAGCGUAAUCAUGAUGGUAUACGUGUGA